GUUGUUGUGGUAUUGACGUAAAAAGUGCACUAAGCAGAAGAGUUUAUUGGAUCGGCGGUUCUAUCGGAAUUCAAUGAUAAUAGUUUAUCAGCAAUUUAUCAGUGACCCCUAAAACCUGGCGGCCGAAGAGAUUAUUAGUAAGAGUUACCUAGCGUGUACUAAAGAGGGUGAGGUUGUCGAUGAAAAACCACCUUUUAUCGCGUUUCCAGAACACAUAGCAGAGACGUUUGCCUCUUCAGGUGACAGCACUUCUGCAGAUGAGAGUCGCCGAAGUACUCCUAAAAAAAUAGGAUCAGCAUCAAGUCCAGGCUGUGUCAAAGUAGGUUUUUCGAAUAAAGUUAGCCCAAGCCCCGAGUCAUUUGACAUGUCAAGGAAUGGUGGGUUCGAGGAGGUCGAGGGCGUUCAACUGCGGGACAUAAGGAGGAGGGAUUCGAUUGACAGUGACGAAAUGACAGAUCGGAAAGGGGUUCCACGGAAACAAGCGCGCCCAAACAGCUCUAGUGGUGGACGAGAUUACGAAGCGGUUCCUUCGAAUGGUGGUGGGCCAUACGACCCAGCCGCAUCACUCAAGAGAUGGGAAAGUGCUGAAGAUGUCGGAAUCACUAUUCAUCAGGCUGCACGAGAUGGUGAUGUUGGCGUUAUGGAGAGAUUGCUCCAGCAGCUUUCGACCAAUAAGAAAAGGAAGAUAAAUGCACUUGAUGAAAAUAACCAAACAGCGCUUCACUAUGCAGCUCGUUAUAAUCACUUACCCAUCGUUACACUUCUCGUGUCUAAUGGUGCCAACCUUCAUAAGCCAGGAGAUGAUGAUUUGACAGCGUUACACUUCGCUGCUCGUUACAAACGAACUCGUGUCUCUGAAGCACGUUCAGAUGGUGAAUUGUCAAAUGACUCUCAGCAGUAUGUUGAUAUAGAAGUUGAUGAUGGAAUUGGUGGGCGGGUUUCUAGUGUUAUUGAGUAUCUUGAGAAAAAGGGAGCAGACGUGAAUGUAAAAGACAUAUAUGGGUCGACGCCCCUUCAUUUUGCCGCAAUGCGUGGCAAUGAGGUGGCCGCAGCGGACCUCUUGCAGUGUAAACAGAUCAACAUCGAGGCUGUUGAUAAGCAGCAGUUGACACCACUUCACAACGCCUGUAUCCAUGGUGUUAAAGAGGUCGCUGAGCUGCUGAUUUCUGCUGGUGCCAACAUCAGAUGCAAGGAUGAAGACGAUUCCACACCACUUCACUUUGCUUGCACUGAGGGGCACGAGGAACUUGUUAAACUCUUGUUUGCUGCAGCUAAGAAGCAAGGAUGUAUCAGUGAGAUGCUUCGAGAUGUGGACAAUGAAGAUAAUACACCUCUCCACCUGGCAGUUGAUAGUGGACAUGAGGGUGUCGUUGAUUUGUGUCUCUCAGAAAAUGCUAAUGUGAACUGUCGUCGGAAGGAUCAGGACACGCCUCUUCACUCAGCAGCUGUUGCCGGGAACCCUGAUAUUGUCAAGAAAUUGCUAGCCCACAAUGCACGUAUUGAUGCUGUAAACAAGGAUCAUGCUACAGCCCUACAUCGCGCCUGUCAGUUCAACCGUUCACAAGUGGUCGAGUAUCUGAUCGAGAAGAGAGCAAGAAUUGAGCGCAAAGAUAAGGAUAACUUCACACCCUUACUAAUAGCUGCAUGCUAUGGCCAUGCCACUACCAUUGAAAUCCUUUUAAAAUAUAAAGCUAAAAUAACUGCAACUGACAAACAGGAAAAGAGCGUGUUUUAUUUAGCAGCUGAAGAGGAGCAUUACGAGGCACUUCAGGCGUUACUUAAGCACCCAAGGGCCAAAAGUCUACUGGAAGAUAGUGAUCGCUAUGACAAUGGCCCACUCCAUAUUGCUGCUAAAUUUGGAUACUUGCAAAUUGUUAAGCUGCUUAUUGAGAAUGGAGCUGAUAUUGAUGCUAAGAAUGAGGAGGAACAAACACCAGCUCAUUUAGCAGCCUUGUACGGUAAAUACAGGACAGUAAAGGAACUUGUAAAUCAUGAUCCAACAGUGGUUGAUGAUGAGGAUGAGUAUUCAAACACACCUCUGCAUCUUGCAUCCCAAGAGGGACAUUUCAAAGUAGUGCAAGUCCUCAUUGCUGCUGGUGCUGAAAUUACUGCAAGGAACCAGAAUCAGUGGACACCACUUGAUUGUGCUGCUAGCAAUGGCUGGAGAAAAACAGCAGAGGUCUUACUGGAAGCAGACUGUCCAGUAGAUCCCAUUGAUAAAGCAAAGACGACACCGCUGCAUUUAGCGUGUAAGAACGGCCACUUGGAAGUGGUUAAGCUUUUGUUGGAAUGGAAAGCCAGUCUGUCAUUGAAAGAUAUUGACAACAAGAACUGUUUGGACUUGGCCAUUGAGAAUUCUAAAAAAGAUGUUGCUAUGGCAAUUGUCACAGAUGAUAAUUGGCGUGAUGCCCUGCGAACAGAGCACAAGCAUUCAUAUUUUAAAUGGCGGACAACACCAAUCCGUAAACUGAUUCAAAGAAUGCCCGACGUGGCAGAAGUUGUGUUCAGUAAUUGCUCGAUCACAAACGACUUGCCACCAGAACAUCCCGAUUUUCAAAUUGAUUUCGAUUAUGAGUUCCUGGAUGACAUGUUCUUCCACUGGGAUGUGGAUAUAUCUGGACAUAAUACUGCUUCCUCUGACGGGACAUCCCAGGAUGAUGAUGGACCAUACAAGGAGAAUGGAAGGCUUCGCUACAGUGCUGUACCAUACACAUACAAUGCAGAGGUGCUUAGGAAAAACCACCCUUUGAAUUUGAUGGUUGUAUCAAAGCGAACAAAACUUCUGGGACAUCCACUUGUGUUGACGCUGCUGACCCACAAGUGGGAUUGUUAUGGACGUUACUUCUACUACCUCUCACUCUUGAUAUAUAUUGUGUUUCUCUUCUUCUUGACUGGUUACAUUAUCACCACCCCACCACCUUUCUACCACUUGAAACCUACCGACCAAAACUGUACUGACAAAACAUAUGAUUGGUUGGGAAAUGGUGAAAAAAGAUGGGUAGAGGAUAGCGAUGACUGGCAGACGUUCCUCUUUGGCGAACUUGGUGAUUGGAUUAUUGUGGGCCUAGCAGCAUUUCAUUUAUUGAAAGAGAUAAUACAACUUUGGCAUCAGAAAUUCCGCUAUCUGACAAUUAACAACUUAAUUGAGUGGAUAGUGUAUAUCCUUGCAGUUCUUUUGGUCGUACCGCUCAACGACUGUUUGUAUGAGAAUAACAUCAAUGUUAAAUAUGACUGGCAGUGGCAGUGUGGAGCAGUGGCCAUCUUGCUAGCUUGGAUCAACCUUAUUCUGUUCAUCCAAAAACUUCCAAGGCUUGGAAUUUACGUUGUCAUGUUUACAGAUGUACUGAAGACCUUCCUUCAAUUUUCUUUUGUAUUCCUUCUGUUCAUUAUUGCCUUCAGUCUCGGCUUUUACACUCUACUGAUGAACCAGGAACCCUUCAACACAGUGUGGUAUGCAUUUGUGAAAACAUUUGUCAUGAUGAUCGGCGAAUUUGAGUUCGAUACUACAUUUCACAGCCAAAAUUAUCUGGACACCACCGCGGGGCAGACACCUGAAGAAGACUUUCUGACAUCGUUGUACUACAAGCAAGCGACUUACGUUGUUUUCACGAUAUUUGCCGUCAUCAUGUCAAUCAUUCUCAUGAAUUUGCUUGUUGGUCUUGCUGUUGAUGAUAUAAAAGAAGUCCAAAACCAAGCCAAGUUGCAACGAUUGGCAAAACAGGUUGAUCUGGCUUUAGAAAUAGAGGAAGCUUUGCCUCUUUUCUUCUGGCGUAAGUACUGUGUGAAGAAGCGCAGAAUACGUCCAAAUAAACAUUAUGGAAGAACAUUGCUAAGCCGUUUUUUCUAUGGUCUCCUUUCCUCGGAAGCGUCCAUGCUGGAAGAAGCUAUCAGCUCAACUCUAGCGUCAGAAAAGACUGUCUUAGAAGAGGUCCGUGACUCACAAGAGGGAUUCAGUGAGGUAAUAAACAACAUCAAGUACCGUAUGAAGCUGUUGAAAUCCCAAAAUGAUCGUAUUGAGGGCAUGCUUUCAGCUCUACUAAAAAAUGAUGGCGUAGUGUGGGAUGAUGGAAAUGAUAAUGCUGAAGAAGUCGGAGAGUAAUUUUUUUUCUACCGAAUCAUUUUUUUUAUUAUCCAAAUAUAUUUUAGAGUAAGAAUGCAGAAUCAAAUUAACAAGAUUUUAUAAACGAACAAGGUAGCAUAGAUAAGUGUUCUUUUUGAAGUACUGUACAUAGCAUAUGUUUUGCAGUUAUGUAAAAAACAUAUAUCCAGUUCAACUUUAGUAGAAUUCAAAAAGAGGUCUUCUAUAGUUUCUUUAGUAUAGCAAACAGGUAAAUCACUGAACUGAAAUUUUAAAUAAUUGAUCCUAGUGGUAAUAAACUAAUGAAAAACAUAAUAAUAAUGAUGUUGGCUUGCAUGGCCUAUUAUACAGUGGAUGCAAGUUUAUAUUUAUGUUUUACAAGAACCACAAUGUUGUUUUUUCAAAUUUUUUUAAAUAUUGAAUGGUAUUGUUCUGAAAUGACCUGACCUCAGAAAUCAAUUUUGUAAUCUUUUGAAGGAUAUGAUCAAUAUAUUUACCAUAGUAUAUAUAAUUGUAACAUUUUUUCGUUCAGAAAUGAUUUGAAUAUGGAUGAAAUUAUAUUUUAUAUUAGAUUUUUUAUGAUCCAAACAUAUUUAUUGUUAUGAUAAAAGCAGCUAGUCUUCACAAUGCUUUUUAUCAGUUUUUACUGUGUAAUAUAAUUCAUUUGAUAAGGUACACAUGUCGCACAGAUGAAUACAUUACAGUAUUUGUUAUGCUAUCAUAUUAUUGUCUUGCUAUCAAACUGUUGUAUGCCCGUAUAUAGUCAUGAUGUGCCUAUAUAUGGUCAUGAUGUGAUGUCAUCAUUACCAUAUUUAGGCAUGUCACAUGUUUUUGUCAUAAAAUUUGAUAUUCAACAGGGCUUAAAGUUCUGUUCACACACAUUUUAUGUGACAAAUACCUGGUAUUUGUACCAAUAGGGGUCAGAGCAAAACAGGAGAUUAGGGUAUAAUGUGCUCACGGUCACACAAUGUAUUCACUACAAAAUGUUACAGUGUAGCAUGUAUAGCGAUUUUUUUUUAGAAACCAGGCUUUAGCUGUCCCUUUCUCAUCAAGCAUUCUUUUUUAAAAAUUACAGUUUAUAUUCCCACCCUUCUGUACAUAGAUUAGGCCUAUCAUGCAAUAGUAUGUGAUUUAGGUUUAGAAAAAUGUUUUUAUAAAAAAUAGUUAUCCUCGAUAUUUAGGUAUUUCUCUAUACAAAGUGGAAUAUAAAAUAAUAUUUAAAUCAUGGACAUAUUAUCCUUAAGAAUCUUCCAUUUAUAAUCUGUUUUGGAAGCUUUGAAAAGUAAAAACAAUUGGUUAAAUAUGGACAUUAUAUUGAUUUUUAAAUGUAUUCAAUCAACUGCCAAUUGCAGUAUACAGUAGUACCUGUAUAUUGGAUUCCAAAUUUAACAUGGAUAUCAUUUGUGUACUGUAUACUGUA